AUUCUCUCUCUCUUUAUUUUACUCUCUGAUACCAUGUUUAACCCUGCAAGAUUAAAGGUACAGCUCAAAUUGGCCAUCAACCGACUAAAGAUGCUCCAAGCCAAAAAGACUUCUCUAAACCAGCAAUUAAGGAGAGAAAUUGGCACCUUGAUAGAAAAAGGGAAAAUAGAAAGUGCAAGAGUCCGAAUUGAGCAUGUCAUUAGAGACGAUUUUGUUAUUGAAGCAAUGGAGAACUUGGAACUCUAUUGUGAUUUACUAUUGGCUCGUUUUGGUUUAUUGGAAACAUACAAGACGUGUGAAGUAAGUAUUGAAGAAGCAGUUCAUACCGUUAUCUGGGCUGCUCCUCGAUUAAGCGAAGUAAAAGAAUUAAGUUUGGUAAGAGACCAGCUAGCUUCCAAGUUUGGUAAAGAGUUUAUGAUUGACGCCAUGGAAAAUAAGAAUGACAAAGUGAAUGAAAAGAUUAUUAUAAAACUUCAAGCCAAUGCACCUGAUCCAUACUUGGUAGAACGUUAUCUUGAAGAAAUUGCUAAAAUAUAUGAUAUCAAGUGGAGAUCUGACUUAAUUGACCACUAUGAGGAAGAAGCUGAUAUGGAUAAUAUUCUGGACGAUGAUAACAGUGACCAUGGUGAUGGAGGAGGUGGACAAGGAGAGUUACUUGCACCUUUACAGGAAGAUCUAUUGGACACUCAAAUUGACUUACCAGAGAUACCCACUAAUUCACCUAUAAAAAAGACAGUAAAGCCAGCAGAAAGCGAUCCUAAUGAUUUUGAUUCCUUGGCUAAAAGGUUGGACGCAUUAAAGCGAAAAUAAGACUUAUAGGGAGGGUAAACAUCUAAAUACCAUUCCCCAGUUGGCCUUUCAAAUAAAAGAGCGUAGCACGAACAGUUAUUUGACUCUUCUUAUUCAG